UUCCGGGAUACUUUGACACACUGAGAAUACCAUCAACGUGGCAAAAUCCACUUCUGGCGCACACCUUGCUUCAUCUUCAGACGUUGCAGAUGACCAGUCGGCUCCCUCGCCUUCCUCUGCUGCUGGAGAUGUCGGUGGAGAGAAGAUGGAGGUCGAGGACUGUCAACUGACACCUCAGGAUCUCGGUGAGAGAGGGAGGAAAGACGGCUCUCUAGAUUGUGGUGAGAGAGAAGGUGGAGGGGAGGAAGGGAGUGGGGAGGUAGAAGAAGCUGCAGAUGUUGCCAGCAGCACUGAAGCUGCAGAUGAUGUCAUCAUAUUUCGAGGACGUAGGAAGAGAAGAACAAACAUUUUGGAUGAUUCCGACUCAGAUGCCGAGAACGAUUCUAAUUCAAGCCACACUAACGACGCUAAAAAUAGCAAACGAGUUGCGGAAGAUGUACUGGGAGAGAGUAAGGGAGAGUCACAGUCACUGUUUGCAAGAGCCUUGGCAGCAGUUGGUGGUGGUAAGAGGACAAAGAGAAAGUCGUUCCAGCCUUUGUCCGUGAGGACCGUUAGCAGUGGCAGAGCUCACUCAGGAGGUCAUCCACAGACUGUAGUUGAUCUUACAGAGGAAACUAUGGCUGAGAAGACGGGCCUUGGGCAGCAAGAGGAGGAGGAGGAGGAGAAAGAUGGAGAAGGAGAGGAGGGGGAAGAGAAGGUAUCUUGUCCUCUGUGCCGUAAGCUGUUCCUUUGCUCCCUGAUUGAGGCUCAUGCGGCUGGCUGUGGAGAGCCCAAUGAGGCUGGCACUGAGCAAUCUCGAGAUGUGCAGAGGAGGAGAGUGAGUCCUCACCUUGCACUGCGACAGUCUUCACUGCUCACCCCGAGAUUCAGCAAGGCUCAACCAGUAGUAUCACUGCCACCAUCAUCCAGCGAUUCACUGGAAAUUUCUUUUUCUUCCACUGCGCCAGACAGAGACAGCCAAGAAGAUAAUGGCGUGAGGAUGACGACUGAUGGACCACGGGUGGUGGAGUGUGAAGGAGGUGGCUACCAGGUGGACCCUACUACCAUCAGUUCCUCUCCCAUCAGGUCAGUACACAGACACACGUACACACAGACACACACCUUUGAUCAUACAGGACAUUUCGUCGAAUCACUGAGCUGGAUCCUCAGGAGAGAGCCGACUACUACAACCAGUUCAACCACCGGGGGUCGCGAGGUCGUGAGGGAUCGUCGAGAUCGUGGGGGUCAUCUGGUGUGAACUCCACAAGAGGGAGAGGCAGAGGGAAGAAGGGACGUGGCAAACGGAAGUUUUUCAGAGGAAGGUUUAGAGGGAGAGGAAAGAGAUAGCUGGUCUCUUCAAUAACUGAGUCACUCUGAACGUUUAAUCCAUCAUCAAUGUAUUAACAUCAGUUAUCAGCAUUGAUCCACUGAUUUAAUCUGCAACUUGCUAAAUGGAAUGUUGCCACAAUAUUAAUAUACUGAGGGUCAAUAAAUAUUAAUUGAUGAUGAUUGAUGAUAUAAAAAGCAAAUUAAUUUAGCCUAUUAAAUAAAGCUCCGCUAGGGGAUAGCAAUGGUGAGUUUCCUGGAACUGAGGUUCCGGUGUAUGGAGGCCUGGGAACCGGACCCCAGGAGGUCACCCACAGCAUAGCUGGGAGAGUAAAGACCACAGUAGGAGGAGGAAGGAGAGGGGUGUGGUCGACGGUGGCGACAGAUGAGGAGAGUCAGAGCGACCAUGACAACCAUGAUGCAGGGGAGGAGGAAGGAGGACUCGGUGAUAGUGGUGAGGAGGGAGGGAGGGUGGGUGGAGACUAGCGGUGAGACACUCUGCUGCAGUGCCUGUUGCUGGAUCUCU